ACUUCAGUCCAAGCAAGUAAGCAAGCAGGUUUGCACCAUGUUGCCGAUGGGCACCAUCAGCAGGGGUACGCGCCUCCUGGGCCAGCACGCCGCAGCUCUGGAGUGCUGCUCCGUCCUGUGCAGGAGCAUGUCGUCGUCUUCUCUACGUGUGCCACCCCCAGCGUGCAUGCUGCGUCCGCUCGAGGUGCCCUUCCGGUACCUUUUUGGACCCGGACCCAGCAAUGUACCACCACGCGUGUUGGCUGCGGGAGGUAGACCCAUCGUCGGGCACAUGCACCCUGAAACCUACCAGAUCAUGAAUGACAUUAAGGAGGGGAUCCGGUACGCCUUCCAGACCACCAACCCGAUGACGCUGGCGAUGAGCGGCUCUGGUCACACGGCGAUGGAGUGUGCGGUGUUUAACACAGUUGAACCAGGGGAAAGCGUACUGGUGGCUAUAAACGGGGUCUGGGGAGAGCGGGUCGCCGAAAUAGCUGAGAGGAUCGGCGCCAACGUUCACACCCUGGUAAAAGCACCCGGUGGAUACUUCACAAAUGAAGAAAUUGAAAAGGCGAUCUCCAAACACAGGCCAGUUCUCUUCUUCCUCACACACGGAGAAUCCUCGGCUGGUCUGGCACACCCUGUAGACGGCAUUGGAGACAUCUGCCGCAAGUACAACAGUCUGUUUUUGGUGGACACAGUGGCAUCUCUAGGUGCUGCACCUAUUUUCAUGGACAAACAGAAAAUUGAUAUUUUGUACACGGGCUCACAGAAAGCUUUAAACGCCCCUCCAGGAACAGCACCCAUUUCAUUUAAUGAGAGAGCAUGCCAGAAGAUGUUUAACAGGAAGACGAAGCCAGUGUCCUACCUGCUGGACAUGACUCACCUGUCCAACUACUGGGGGAAUGACGGCAAACCUGCGCGAGACUAUCACCACACCGGGCCUGUAUCUGGGUUCUUCUGCCUCCGAGAGAGUCUUGCCAUCCUCGCUGAGAAGGGUCUGGAAGACUCGUGGAGACACCACAGAGAGGUAGCAGAGUAUUUGUGGAAGGGCUUAGAAGAUCUGGGCCUUAAACUCUUCAUCAAAGAAAAGGAUCUGAGGCUGCCUUCGGUCACCACCAUCGCCAUCCCUGACAGGUACGAAUGGAGGCAGCUGCUGACGUACAUAAUGAAGCACCAUCAAAUGGAGAUGACUGGAGGACUGGGACCUUCGAUCGGCAUGGUGAUGAGAGUGGGACUGAUGGGCUACAACUGCAGCAAGUUUAACGCUGAUAAAGCUCUGGCAGCCUUGGAGGACGCUCUGAAAAACUGCAAAAAACACAAAGCCUAGAGAUUCACAUCAUCAUCAUCAUCAUCAUCACCAUCAUCAGACGUCUCCUCCCUCAGCACAAAGUCUGCAACCCUUAUAUCACAACAUCUGUAUGGAUGGACUUUAAACUUGUGUGUACUUAUUUAACUGAGAACAUGAAGCAACUUUUACUACACACUGACACACACACACAUACAAUAAAUAGCACAUAUGCUUUGUUAGAAAUAUAUUAUAAUGAACACUGGUAAAAAUAAUUCUAAACCCCCAUCUGUGCAGUCAUGAGUUAAGGGUUUAACACUAUCUAGCACCAUCAGUCCUAGUAUUUGGACCUACAGCUUAAAUUCAAGAGGCUUUGUUGUCAUUACAGCUAUGUGCAGUACAAGAAGUACAUAUUGAAAUGAAACCACAUUCCUCCAGGACCAGAACACAACAGAACACAAGUGCAAACAACACAAUAUACACAGUUCAGAUAAAAAGAGCAUAAUAAACAAGGGACAUUUCCAGGACUUGAAAAAAUGAAGGGUACGCAAUGUUCCAUGUUCUAUGUCUGUGGGAAUUUGUGCCCAUUCAGCCAAAGGAUAACAGCAUUUGUAUAGCUGGUCACUGAUGUUGGUGUUCUGGUUCAUUCCAGAGCUGUUGAGUGGGGCUGAGCUCAGGGCUCUGUGCAGGACACUGGAGCUUCUUUAAACCGAGCUUUAUAGAACUUGCUUUGUGCACAGAAGCACAGUCAGUAGCUGUUGUUGCAAAGUUGGAAGCAAAUCGUUUCCUUUAUUUAAAUGAUUUAUUACACCUGUUAGCAAUUCUUGUAGCUAAAACACGUGAUUAGAAGGGAUGUCCCAAUACUUUUGUCCAUAUAUAUUAUUGAUCAUUUAAUCAAUCCACUGUGUGCACGCCUAGUGCUUCUUCACUCUGCUUAUCACUGAUCAGUUGUUUAAAGCCCUUCAGUAAAAUCUGCACCUACAUAAAUAUGAUCAGUUCAGUGUUGUGUUGUAUUUACUUGUGUUUGAUUCCUUCCUUGCUCUGUAAGUAUUAUUAAAAAUGAAAAUGCA